CAAUCGAUUGAAUAAAUUUAGGUUAAGAUCUCGGCUAUUGUAUACGAGAUAGAACAAUAAGAAUUUUUCUAAACAAAAUACGAAAAAGUCAAGCUUUUGAUUUGUUUAAUUGUGCAAGUGUCUAAUUUUGUUUAUUUUUACUUGGCAAACGGUGUGGUAUCAAUAUGUCAUCGACUUUUAAGUUUUUUUGUGAUUAAAAGGCACUGCCGUCUAAAUAAAGUUCAAAUCAUAGGAUUGCGAAAGCGCUCUAGUAUCGUUUGACGCCCGCAACCUUGUACAAAACGGAUAGAAAGCAUCGCUUUUCUAUAGGCUAUAGAAAAUAAAUACUAUUACAAUGAUAAAAAAUGGGAGCUCAUAUUGAAAAGGAUAUGUUAAGCUAAAUAAAUAUUGUUAAGUGGAAGUAAAGGACAUGUUUGAAAAGUGAUAAAAUAGUGUGGUGUAAAUUGAUCAAGAUGUCAGAUGAAGAGGACUCCUCACCCGACUGGGCAUUGAUUCCGAGCAAUAAUCUACCAGUGCUCGGCAUCAAACGUCUUAAACAAAUCGAGACAAUGUUUGUUUCCCGCCGACUGCAGGGGCCUACGCACGGUCUAAGCGUUGAAACAUUGUUAGACGUGCUUCUAGUAUUGUAUGACGAGUGUUGUAACAGCAGUCUUCGACGGGAAAAGGCGGUGGCCGAUUUUAUCAACUAUGUGAAACCAGUAGCAGCGGCAUUGAAGCGACUAAGACUCUCCCGUGACGACUUUGAAUUGGUGAAGGUGAUAGGUCGGGGUGCUUUCGGUGAAGUGUGCGUCGUUAGAGCUUCAUUUAUGCAGAAUGGAGAAGGAAAUGGUGCGGCCGGAGUGACAAGUAGUGAAAGGGUGUAUGCCAUGAAAAUACUCAACAAAUGGGAAAUGCUUAAGCGCGCGGACACGGCGUGUUUUCAAGAGGAGAGGGAUGUUCUGGUAUUCGGUGACAGAAGGUGGAUAACAAACUUGCAUUAUGCCUUUCAAGAUGACCAUAAUUUGUAUCUCGUUAUGGAUUACUACUGCGGCGGUGAUCUGCUGACGCUACUCUCAAAAUUCGAAGACCGACUCCCAGAAGACAUGGCCCGUUUCUACAUCACUGAAAUGGUGCUGGCCAUACAAAGCGUUCAUGAGCUGAGAUAUGUGCAUAGGGAUAUUAAGCCAGAUAAUGUUCUAUUAGACGCCAGUGGACAUAUCAGGCUUGCUGAUUUUGGAUCCUGUCUCCGUUUGGGAGAUGAUGGAAAGGUACAAAGCAAUGUGGCUGUGGGAACUCCAGACUACAUAUCACCUGAAAUAUUGCGGGCGAUGGAAGACGGCCAGGGACGGUAUGGUCCCGAGUGCGAUUGGUGGUCUCUUGGUGUGUGUAUGUACGAGAUGUUAUUCGGUGAGACGCCGUUCUACGCAGAGUCGUUAGUGGAAACAUACGGAAAGAUAAUGAAUCAUGCGAGGUGUUUCCACUGUCCACCCCAGGACGAACAUGCAGCACAGGUCUCUGAGGAAGCGCAAGAUUUAAUUCGCCGGUUGAUAUGUGCGUCUGAUACGAGAUUAGGAAGAAACGGGAUUCAAGAUUUUAAGAAUCACCCGUGGUUCAGUGGUGUGGAAUGGGAAACGGUUCGAGAGGCAAGCGCACCCUUCGUUCCCGACGUGGCCAGUCCCACUGACACAUCCAACUUUGACGUAGAUGACACGGAUAUAAGAUUAUCAGAAGCUGUUCCUCCGCCAUCAGCAUCAUCAGCGUUUUCUGGUCUCCACCUGCCAUUCAUUGGAUUCACCUUUACGGCUGGAUCGAGAUUGUCCGAUCUCGGUGCUCCUACGCCGCUCAGCCCUGCCAAGAACGCUCCUAGUCAGGCUCCAUCAAACGCGGGAGAUCGAGCCGCUUUAAAAGCGUUAGAAUGCGAAAAUGCUCUACUAGCUCAAACGAUAGCUGAACUACGGGCCAGUAGUCAAGUAGACGGUGCUACUGAUCAAUUAACUCUUUUAAAAGAGGAGUUAGCGGCAUUACAGAAAAAGAAUAGCGAAUUGGAAACUUUAACGAUAUGUGAAAAUAAUGUAACCGUUUCACCGGACUUGUCAUCAGCGCCUCAAGAACUAGUAGCGAAGUUGCGUGAGCUCGAAACAAAGAUAGAAGGAUUAAAUACGGAGAAAGAAGAGCUGAUUAAGGAUAAAACGGACUCCAUUGAGAAAUUACGGUUACAGGAUAAAGAGCUUAGAGACGCCCUUACCCAACGUAAACUAGCGAUGACUGAAUAUAAUGAGGUUACAGAAAAGUUGUCUGAACUUCGGCAGCAGAAGCAAAAACUGUCGCGGCAGGUUCGCGAUAAAGAGGAAGAGUUGGAUGUAGCGAUGCAAAAGAUUGACGCGUUGAGACAAGAUAUCCGACGUGCGGAUAAAGGAAGAAGGGAACUCGAAGCGAGACUUGAGACGGCUGUCGCUGAAGCCACUAAGGAGCGCAAAUUACGCGAAGAGUCCCUACGACUGCAACGCGUAGAAGCGGGUGCUUCGCCCUCGUCCACUCAGCCCUCUGCUGCCGCCGAUGUCGCUAAGUUGCAGGCCGAUAUUGAGGCUUUGGAGGCCCAGUACGCGGAAUCAUUGGCUCAACAGCAAGCACGGUAUUCCGCAGAAGUGAAUGCGCUGAGGGAACAACUUCAUGAGACUGAUGCUCUACGAUCCAUGCUGAACAGAGAGCUCCAAUCUUCUAAGACUGACAGCGAAGACAAACAGAUGCUGAUAAAUGAGAACAGAAAACUCGCUAAAGAUCUUGAUGCUAUGGCGGAGAACGGGCGUCGUUGGCAAGCGGAGAGGAGACAGUUAGAGAUGGAGUUGGAAGAGUUUAGGUCGAAGAGAGAUACAAUGCAACAUUGGGAGACACAGAUUGCAGACAUAAUAAGAUGGGUGGCUGAUGAGAAGGAGGCCCGUGGUUACUUGCAGGCAUUGGCAACGAAAAUGACCGAGGAGUUAGACUAUUUGAAGCAUGCAUCGGCAACCCGAACAUCCGGUCCCGUGUCACCUGGCGGGGUUACUUCCGGUCCCGGUGCUGGUUCCGGAUGGAGAAAUAGGCGAUCGCAGAAAGUUGAUAAGAUGGAGAUACUCACAUUGCAAUCGUCGCUCCAUUCAGAGAUUCAGGCCAAACAGACGGUUUCGGAGGAAUUGAGCCGCACGCGAGCUGAAUUGCUUGCUAGUCAGAGGGAAUUAAUGGAGACUCGUCAGCGUUUAGACUCGGUCGCGCACGACAUGAAACGCAAAGAGCAGCACAUCCGCGACAUGCAGGCCAAGCUGGAUGCGCCGGCGCACCCACAUAACUCCUCCAGGCAGGGAUCGACUAAAUCAUAUUGGAGCGGGAAAGAAGAGAAUGUCUUGGACCGACCGCCAUCUCAAAUGAGUUACCUCGAACAGUUCUUGAAGGAUGCGCCACCUGAGAGGCAUUACGACAAUGUUAGCACUAUCAACAAUGAACAGAAGAUCUCGCCGGGCUAUCGUUACAGAAAUGUGCAGCAUUGUUGUAACGCAAAGAUAAUGUAUGGAUCGCAACAGUCUACGGCGCUGAGUGGGUCAGCCGAGUCACAAGAUGAGAUGGAACAACGUGCUGUUUCGCCUAUAUCCUGCAAGAGCUCGCCUAGUGAAAUGUCCACUUAUUCGUUACAGGAUCAGUCUGUGGCGGCGCCCGUGACCGGCAAACAAAAACUACACCAGUUCCUAGUAAGGACGUUUAGUAGCCCCACGAAAUGCAAUCACUGCACUUCACUUAUGAUUGGAGUCACCCGCCAAGGAGUGGUUUGUGAGCGUUGCGGUGUAGCUGUCCACACCGCUUGCUGUGCAUUAGUUGCGCCUAGGUGUCCCCUCCCCGCCGAGAGAUGUCGUCGUCCAUUGGGCAUUGACCCCGCGAGGGGACAGGGGACAGCCUAUGAGGGAUAUGUCAAGGUACCGAAGCCGGGUGGUGUAAAAAAGGGCUGGAUGCGGCAGUUUGUCGUUGUUUGUGAUUUCAAAUUGUUCCUGUAUGAUAUAUCUCAGGAUAGAAACGCGUUGCCAUCUGUAUGUGUAAGCCAAGUACUGGACAUGAGAGAUCCGGAAUUCAGUGUGACGUCAGUGAAGGACUCUGACGUCAUUCAUGCGAGUAAACGGGAUAUACCCUGUAUAUUUAGGAUAUCAACGUCCCAAUUGGAAGGCGGCAAGCGUUACCAUACAUUGAUGUUGGCGGAAUCUGAAUCGGAGAAAACCAAAUGGGUGGUCGCACUCAGCGAGUUGCACAGAAUACUCAAACGUAACAACUUGCCUGAUAAAUGCGUAUACACCGCAGGAAUAAUAGUAGAUUCGUCAUCUUGGGCGGGCGUUCGUAGCGUGCAAUGUGCGUGCAUUGUCGAACGGAGUCGAUUAUGUUUGGGUGGAGAUUUUGGUCUCGCUUUAUUGGAUCUCGAGCGGGGUGAAAUUGUGCCGCGAAGAUCUCACGCUCCUGUCGCUAAGUUGCAUUAUGUGCCAGCCGAACAUUUAUUGGUGGUGAUAGCCGGUCGUGGCAGACACGUGCGGUUGGUACCGAUCCGUGCGUUGGAAUGUCCCGAAGCGGAGAGCGUGAAACUCGCAGAGGCUAAGGGCGCGGUGGAUGUGGCUGUCGGCGAAUUGAAUGCCACUGCGCAUGGUUUUGCUGUAGUUUGUAAACGACAGAACUCGUGGGUAGUGCUAGUAUAUGAAAUAACUCGCACGGCCGCAAGAAGGUACCGCGUUGCUGAACUGCGAGCGGCCGCGCCCGUACUGAGCGUACAACUUUGUAGGGGACGACUCAUUUUGGGGUACAGAGGAGGUCUCGUUGCCCAUACAUUGAGGACUGACUUGGAUCGACCAGCUGUUUCUCUAGUUCACCCAGAAAACCAAGUGAGCGUAUUCCUAACUCACUCUGGCGCAAGACCACUUUGCGCUAGACCAGCUGGAACGGACUGGUUGUUGGUCUUCAGUGCUUUGGCCUUGUACGUGGAUCGAGUGGGGAUGAGGGCGAGAGACGCUGAGAUAAUGUAUACAGCACAUCCACAGUAUCAUGCUGUGAACGACACACAUCUACUGAUAUUCACGACCUCGCAUAUUGACGUGUACGACGUUGAAACUGGAGAUUGGGUGCAAACGAUCAAUAUACCAAACGCAAGGCCCUUAGAUGAAGGCGGAUGGGUUUGUGCUGCGGGAGGAAGCGGAGGCAACGGGUUCCCAUUCUCUACGGAUACUACGCCGUAUCUUGUCUAUCUACGACCGCUCGUUACUCAGGGUCCCCUUAAUCUCGAAACGGCUACGUAUGGCAGUAACAAGCGACGGUAUUCCGUGAGGGAACAAUCUCACCAAGCGAUCGAAGCUCAUAAUAGAUUAUCGGAGCGUCGUUCCCGUCUAAUAUCGGCGCCCACGAACUUCGCUCAUGUGUCCCAUAUGGGCCCUGGAGAUGGUAUUCGCUCACAGAGGCUUCUAGAUUUACCCACUACCUUGGAGACGGCUGAUGAUCAUGAUCAUCAUCAGAUGAUGUACAGCAGUAGAGACAGCAGCAAACGGACUUCACCGCUUACAGUAUCACAUCCCACUGGGUCAUAUAAUGGUUCAUGGCGGUCGGGAAGAUCGAGAGAUCCGCCCACAGAAGCCCCCCCUUCCCCGCCGCUCUCACAUCGCCCUAUGGAUAGAUCCGUGGGCGGUGGAUCUGCGGGCAGCGGAUCUCUGCUGGAGAGAUCCAUCACGCCCCUCAGUUUGGGCAGCAUGAGCUCGCUUCACGAUGUACUUAAGGUACACUGGUCGAAAUUCGAUCGUAACCCUAAUAUUAACAUUGAUGUGGGAACUGAGAGUAUGGAGGGAGGUCAGUCUGACAGCAGCUGUGCCGCUUCGCCCACUCACGCGCAUCACGGACAUGAUACAUGAUCGAGCCAACUAGACGCGUAUUGGGGCGUCGAUCUCUCGAAGCUGUACGCUUGCUUCUGCUGACGUUACGACGGUGACGUCACUCGCUUAUAAACCUUUAGGAGAUUAUAAUCGAACCUAAAACGUUGCCAUGACAACUCAUAUAAAUCUCUAUAGCGAAUGAACUCGCAUAUUGACAAUACUCUUAAAAGAGAGAUGUGUGUGUCUCUCUCGCACGUAUUAACUUCAAAUUAUAAAUAUCAGUCUUAUGCUAUGUUUAAAAUUAAUGUCUAUUGCUAAAUGAUAUAAAUUGAGUAUUGUAUUGCUAAUUAUCUAACAUAUACGGCAGAUUCUGCUAUUUUUACUGUGAAAACCAAAUUCUAUAAGAUUUGAUCGGCCUUAUCACGUCGACUAAAAAUAGUAGUAUCAUGAGAACGGUGUUUAUUAACAGCCAUAACUACAAACAAUACUAUGUUUAGUCCAUGUUUUAUAAUAAGGUCGUACCUAUACGUGAUCUUUUAGCAUUUCAAAAUUGACGAAACACCAUCACAGAAUUGAAAAUAAUUACGUAUUUAAGUGUAAGUUUUGAAUUUGACAAUUUUUAAUAGACAUUUUACAAUGAAUUAAUUGGAUAUGAUUUUUGUGUAUAUGUACAAUAGUUUAAUUUACUUUUGUAUAUUCUUUACUAUUUAAAAACUAUUUAUUUACAUCGUGUGUUAUUUUUAGUUUAGUCCAAGAUUAUUCGUAAUUUAUUCGUCUGUAUUAAGAACCGAGGUGCUAUGCUGUUGUACUAAAAUUACUUAUUUAGUUUGACUUAAUAUUUGCUUUGGACCCAUAGACAUUUCGCUAGAUUUCCAUAUAAAAGGCUUGUCUAUGCUAGGCGAUUCCCAUUCUUUUGUUUCACGUAUUCAGAGGUUCUUAGAUUUGACA